UCUCUCUCUCUCUCUCUCUCUCUCUUCCCGUAGGGACAAAGCCUGCCCGGUGUUGGUGACGGCUCCUGACACUUCGCUCUUUCCCCGCCCUCCCUCCGAGUGCCAGAUCUCGGUUCCAGCUCGGGAGCCCCGGGGAACCAAACUGCGGGAGCUACGACUUGCGCCGUGACGUCACAAUCCCGGCGCCGUGGCAACGACCCUUAGCAACCGACCUGGCGACUGUUUCCCGGCAGCUGCGGCUCUCGGCCAGCUACGCCAUUCCAUUCCAACCCACCACCUGGCCUGGGCCGGGCCGGGCCGGCGGAAGGGCCGAAGGGGACCCGGUGUGUCCCCAAGGCGGCAGCGAGAAGACUGAGCAUGGAUGGCACCCGGAGAGUCAGAGCAACCCCUGUCCUUCCCAGAUGUGGUCCACCAUGCCUAUUUAAAGGACACUUGAGCACCAAAAGUAAUGCCUUUUGCACUGACUCUUCUCUCAGACUAACCACUCUCCAGCUGAUCAAGAAUCACAUGGCUGUUCACUAUAAUAAAAUCCUUUCAGCCAAAGCUGCUGUCGAUUGCUCAGUUCCUGUAAGCAUGAGUGCCAGCAUCAAAUAUACAGACCAACAACGGAGAGAAAAGCUCAAAAAGGAAUUAGCACGAUGUGAAAAAGAGUUUAAAUUAAGUAAAACUUCAAUUCAGUCCAAUUCUAAAAAUAAUUUCAAGUCAAUUUUUAACGCUCUCCAAAAGCCUUCAGGGGAACCGCAGAACCAGGACACGCUGAUAGAAGAAGUGAAUGGAUUUCCGUCCUUCACGGGGGCUCUGCUGCCUUCUUCAGAGACACAGCUGAGUCUGCGUAAAUCUGAGAAAGUCCUCACAAAUGGUACCGCAAAGAACUGCAGUUCCUCUCCUUCCAGCGUGAACUUUGUAACCUCUGAUCCCAGAAACCCAUAUGGCAGGAGGCCCAGGAGCACGUUCCCAAAUUCCCACCGGUUUCAGUUAGUCAUCUCGAAAGCACCCAGUGGGGACCUUUUGGAAAAACAUGCUGACUUCUUUUCUAACAAACAAUUGCCAUUCACUCCACGCACUUUAAAAACAGAAGCAAAAUCUUUCCUGUCACAGUAUCGAUAUUACACACCCGCCAAAAGAAGAAAGGAUUUUAUAGAUCCACAGGUAGAACCUGAAACCCAGACUGAAUUAAGCAGUUUUAAUUCUGAUUUGGGGACACCUGAAAUUAAGAAGUUGACAGAUUCAGAAGUGAACACAAAGCAGGCAUCUGAUUAUAUGACACAUGGGACCAAAGGAAAAAUAACCCCUUUGUCUUUACAAAGACCUGGCUUCCCAUGGGAUGAAAUUAGAAAUGGCACUCCACAGCAUUUCUCACAAAGAACAGUAUGUCACUACUCUGUGCCACUUCCUUCAAAGAAUAAAAUCUACUCCAAUGAAGAAGAACUGCUGUAUUUGAGCUUCAUUGAAGAUGUAACAAACGAAAUUUUGAAAUUUGGUUUAUUUUCCAGCAGGUUUUUAGAACGACUGUUCGAGCAACAUAUAAAACAAAAUACACAUCGUUUGAAAGAGGAAAAAAUGCGCCACCUGCUGCAUGGUUUGAAAAUAGACUUAGGCUGCACAUCGGACGAAAACGCAGUAAAGCCACAGGAUGUCAAGAUGUUGGAUUCAUUUGAAUUUGAAAAGGCCAUGAAUUCAGAACAAAAUGGACUUAGAAAUGCACAGGACCUGACAAUUCAACAGGAACGUCAGCAAUACCAAAAUGCUUUGGAUAUGUUACUGUCUGCACCAAAGCAUGAAAGUGAGAUGGCUUCACAGGGUGAAUUUUUCAUGCCCAUCUAUAAAUCCAAGUAUUCGGCAGGGGUUAUAGUUCAACAGGUGAAUGAUGAAACAAAUCUUCAACCUUCAACUUGGGAUGAAAACAAUCCAGGUCUUCCAGACAGCUUAAGAGACCGUGAGACCUCUGUGAACGCCAUUGAAGGUGACAGUGACACUGAAAAGGCUGAGGUGUCCAGUGAGUUCAGCUGUUGUAGCAUCUCACCGUCCCAGUCUGCUCAGCUGUGUGGUGGUAAUAAUCAUGACAAGGAAUUACCAAGUCUUAGAAUCAUGGAAAUGAGCAUUGAAGACAACUGCCCUUUGGAUAUUUGAUCGUCACUAAUAAAUACCCGACCUAGCCGAGUAACUCGAUACUACUUCUCUUCAUUUUUUUUCUUUUACAUAAUAAGAUUUCUGUACUAACUUUCUAUGCUGCAUAAUAAAUUCCUGUAAGUGUAGCAGU